GGUUUGAUUUUGACUCUCCUAAUUCACACACAAUUCCACAAUUUCUCCUUACCCCUCAACCCCCAUUUUCUCCCUCACCUCCCAAACAGGUAACCUUAAAUUUUCAUCUCUUUUUCUUUUUCUGCUCUACCAUUUCUUUCAAUUUUCUAUUUCGCUCUCUCUUUGAGCUCGGUCGGCGGAUUCGAGUCCCUUCUUCCCCUUUCCGAACGACCUGGUGAAAAUUGAUUUCCGAGGAAUUUCAAGUCUCCCAAGUUUUCUGCUCUAAUCGGCGAUUCGACUCGUUUCAGCCUUUUAUUUGUCGAUUGUGUUCUUCGGUGAGAAAAUUAGGGUUUUUUUUUACUGAAUCAGGCUCUCCUAUCUCCCAAUUAUCUCGUUAUCUGUUUUUUUCGUUGUUACGAUUUAUCCUCUUUUCCACAUUCUUUUGCAAACCCUAGCUUGUAAGUUUUCAUAUUCUGCCAAAUAUUCAUUUAUUCUUAUAUUGUUUGAUUUGUAUAGUAAAAGUUUUGAAAAGUAGUGAGGUGUCGUUUCGCUUAUUGAUUCUAUUGUAUUAUUCAGAUUUUCUUAGGGUUCCUUACAAGAAGCUCUGUGAGAUUUUAGGUGCGUUGUCUUUUAGUUUACCAUCCGAAAUUGAGGGUUUCCUUAUUGAAUCUGAUAAGCUUCGCGUUACCAUAUUACACACCAAAAACGAGAGAAAAUAAAAAACAACAACAAAAAAAAGAAAUAGAAAAAUUAAAAGUAAAAAAAAAAAAAAGGUCCUCCUUUUAGCUGUCUUUAGAUUUGUUCUAAACCAUAAAUGGCAUUAAAUUUUUCACAUCGCCCCAUAUUUCCGGCACAUAUAUCUGAGGAUAAUUUGAUAUCGCCAAUGAGAAUUGUUAAUGGGUGUUUAGUGGAGGGUGUUCCAGAGAAGAAUGUGGAGAAUUUUGCUUGGUCGAGACAUGUCUGGCGAGAAUCGCAUGAGGGAUUUGAUUAUGGUUAUGGGGGGGAAAGGGUAGAGAAGUAUGAUUCUUCGGAGUCAGUAUCUGAGGAUAUCAUUGACCUUCUCCCUGCUGAUCCAUUUGGUAUGGAUAUAAGCACCACUAUCACAGCCAUUACUGGUUGGCUUGAGGAUUUGGAAGUUGAUUAUGGAGGAUGUAGGAGAAACCAUGCUGGUCCAAGUAAUGAGGACUAUGGUUUACUUGCGGGUUUUAAUUUUAUUUGGAACGAUUCUAUGAGGUUCCAAUCAUUCCCUAGUAGUCACAUUCUGUCUGAUGACAAAUUGAAUAGAGGUGAUCCAGUGAAUUGGCUUAUCGGGGAGAGAGUUAUGAGGGACGCCUUGGCCCAUGUUGGUCUUGGCUCAGCUUGCAAUGUGGGGGACACUGCAGGGUUCAAUAAUGUAGGUUCAGGCAGUUUUCAGCCCCAGAUCAUGGAAACAGGGGCUGGUGCGACAUCUUGCUCUGGUGAAGAUGAAAGAACCCCUCACGAGGCUUUAUUUUUUGCUCUUGGUUACCUUGGAGUGAAGGAUCUUUUGACUGUAGAAAGUGUUUGUAGGUCCUUGCGGCUUACUGUCAAAAAUGAUCCUCUAUUAUGGAGGAGCAUUCACAUUGAAAAACCAUUGGCUGAGAUCAGUGACGAUGUCCUCUUGCAAUUGACUAGCAGGGCUCAAGGUAACUUACACUGCUUGAGUUUGUUAGAGUGCACUCGCAUCACAGAUGACGGUUUGAGGCGGGUACUUGACUCUAAUCCGCGUUUGACAAAGCUAUCGGUUCCUGCAUGUACAAGACUCAGUAUUGAGGGCAUUGUAAAUAUGUUGAAGUCUUUUAACUGUCAAAGAGGUAUAAUGGGUAUAAAGCACCUGAGAAUUGGCGGUCUUUAUGGAGUGACUCAUGAACAUGUUGAAGAACUGAAGUUCCUUCUAGGUGUAGAUAGCCAGGCGCAGCAAAUUGUUUACGAACCCCAUUUCUUUUCUCGAAGGAAUAUUUAUCGUUUAUCUGAUGACAAUCAGGCUAUUGAUGUUCAAAUAUGCCCUGUAUGUGAAAAAAUGAGGUUGGUCUAUGAUUGUCCUGCAGAGGGUUGCCAAGUGAAAGAUCAAGCUACUCAAGAAUGUAGGGCCUGCUCACUUUGCAUUUCACGGUGCAGUGAAUGUGGCAGAUGUAUAAAUAACACUGAAUAUGAGGAAACUUUUUGUUUGGAAUUGCUUUGCUCUGAUUGCUUUAAGCAGCCUUUGAAGUGCGAAGAUGAGCGGGAGGGAGGAGGGGCUGGUUCUUGUGAAGGAGAUCAAAGUGUGACCACUUGGGAGUAAAUUUAUGUGCUAUCUGCGUGUUUAAUUGGAUAAAUGUCGAAAAAGAAUGUUAAGCAGCCUUUUUGACUGCUAUGAGUUUGUGUAAACACGUGCCGAACCUGUUGAAUUGUUUUGGUUGUUGAACAGCUGUCAGGAAAAUAACUGACUUGAAUGAAGUAGAGAGUUGUGCUUUAAAGAAAUAGGUAUGAUGUGUUCCAUGUUCCAGAGACGUGUUGGAACGUUGGUUUUUGUUAAUGAAUGUUCAUUAAUUUAA